AAAGAAAAAAAGAAAAAGAGAAAAAAAAUAACACUUCUUCUCUCUCACACUUCAUAUACAUAUAUAUGUAUAUAUAUAUAUAUUCUCUCUAUAAAUGCAGAUCUCGCCAUUUCUCUAUCUCUUCCUUGUUUCAUUUCACACUUGCAUCCAUUAGCGAAGAACCCACAAAGAAAGAAACAAAGAAAGGAAACGAAGGAAAAGGAAAGGAAAAGGGAGAGAAAAUCUAAGAUACAUAUAUAUAAGAAAUGGGUUCGAUUCCACCUGAGCUCAGCUUGGAUUUUAGGCCAACUUAUGUGCCCAAAACGAUCAGUGAUUUUCUCAAGGAGGUUUCGAUGAUCGGAGACGUUUCGGAAAAGGUUUCGAAACUUGAUGGUUUUGUCAAGGGAUUGGAAGAGGAAAUGAGGAAGAUCGAUGCGUUUAAACGCGAGCUUCCCCUUUGCAUGCUCCUCCUAAAUGAUGCAAUUCUAUUUUUGAAGACAGAGUCAAUGCAAUGUACAACAUCAAAUAAUAGACCAGUUUUAGAAGAAUUCAUUCCAUUGAAGAAGAGUGAUGAGGAGGAGGAGGAGGAAGAAGAAGAAAGUCCAAUCAAAAAGGAAAAAGACUAUAAAGAUAAGAAAAAUUGGAUGAGCUCUGUUCAGUUAUGGAACAGUAAUGAACAUUCCUCUACUGACUACAUCUUUGAUCCAAAACAAAAUCUCAAACUAGAAUAUAAGUCAACAAAGAAAGGAAAUCAGUAUGCAAAUGAGGACACAUUCCAAGCAUGUAAAAGCAGAAAUGCAGCAAGAGCAUUUAUGCCAUUUAAGACCUACACUGGUUUGUCAAGAAAGGAAGACAGUAAUAAGAAUCAUAAUCAGAAUAGUGAGGAAUUGCCGAUUCCUGGUCUUUCUCUUUUAACUCCUGGAAUCAAGAACUUGAGGGAAGAAUCUGUCUCUACAGGUUCAAGAACCAGUUGUAGUAGAGCAGUUUCUUCUUCUGCCCCUAAUCCUCAAUUAAAUUUACGAAAUGGACUACAGCCAUCUCAGCAACAAACUGCUAGGAAGCAGAGAAGGUGUUGGUCCCCAGAGUUGCAUCGCCGGUUUGUCAAUGCUUUACAGCAACUUGGAGGCUCUCAAGCUGCCACUCCAAAGCAGAUUAGAGAACUAAUGCAAGUUGAUGGCUUGACAAAUGAUGAAGUGAAGAGUCAUUUACAAAAAUACAGACUACAUACACGAAGAAUGCCAACAGCUACAGCUGCCCCUGCAAACCAAUCUUUAGUUGUUUUGGGGGGUUUAUGGGUGUCCCAAGAUCAAUAUGGCGACUCAUCAAAGGCUACCAGUUCGCAGUCUGGAUCUCCUCAGGGUCCCCUCCAGUUGGCAGGAAACACUGGAGGAACCUCUACUACAGGAGGUGAUAGCAUGGAAGACGACGAGGAUGCCAAAUCUGAAGGCUAUAGCUGGAAGAGUCAUAUUCACAGAUCAGGAAAAGAUGAUGUAUAGAAGAGUGUAUCUAUUCACCAAGAAUUUUGCAGAUAAAACUAUACAUGGGAGGAUUAUAUGAGUUAAAAAGGAAAAGAAAAAUAAUACUAAAAGUUUUUAUAUAAUGGAGAGGGAUAUUGAGAGUGGAGAGGCUGUGAAAUUUUGCAGGAUUAGCUUCCAUCUGUCUUGAAAUUGAGUUUUUGUAUUAUCUCGGAAUUGAUAUAAGCAUUCUAACGUCCAUCUUUGCAUGGAACGAUACAAAGAAGUACUUAUUCUCAGCCCUUGAAGCUUUUUCCAGUGUCAUUAAUUAUUAGAACUCCUGUUUGCUAAA